AUGGCUCGCUCUGGUCUACAAAAACAAGUGAUACAGUUUUAUCGUCGAUGUCUUCAUGGUGCUAAACAAAAGGAAAAGAUUUAUCAACCACAUUGGCUGGAAUUUGUACACACAGAAUUUCGUCGAAACCAACAUAUCCCAAGAACCGAAUUCUUUUAUAUUGAACACUUACUAAGAGUUGGUCAACGUCGUUAUGAAACUUAUUCUCGGCCAGAAGUAAAGGACAUCAAUUUGACUUAG